GUUAACAAACACUAUAUAACACACUGAAACCGUCGAGCAAAACCUAACCAAAGUUCCAAAGACGAAUAUUGCAACCCUUGCCCAUCACCAAGAAAAAAAAAAUGGCACAACCUCUUGGACUAGAAAUCACAGAGCUAAGGUUGGGUCCACCGGGCAGCGAAAAUGGACCAAAAAAUGAAAAGAAAAGGGUUUUCUCAGAGUUGUCCGGCGAAGCAAACAGCACAACCGAUGGGCGAAAAACCCAAACAACGAGUCAAGUUGUGGGGUGGCCACCAGUAUGUUCCUAUCGAAAGAAGAAUAGUUUCAAUGAGAAAGAUAGCCAUGAAACUUCAAAAAUUUACGUGAAAGUUAGUAUGGACGGAGCUCCUUUUCUCAGAAAAGUUGAUUUGGGCAUGCACAAGGAGUAUUCGGAUCUUGUUGUCGCGUUGGAGAAGUUGUUCGGCUGUUUUGGAAUCGGCAAAGCCUUGAAGGAUACAGACGACUGCGAAUACGUUCCCAUAUAUGAAGACAAGGAUGGGGACUGGAUGCUAGUGGGAGACGUGCCUUGGGAGAUGUUUAUUGAGUCUUGCAAGAGGCUAAGGAUAAUGAAGAGGUCAGAAGCCAAGGGUUUUGGACUGCAGCCAAGAGGUGCUCUUCAGCAGGGAAAUAUUUCAAAAGAUGAUCGUGACUGAGAAACCACACAAAAUAUUGAAUUCGGAAGAAUUUGACUGGACUGCCUUCUUCGUAAAGAAAAUUAUUUCUGUUUAAUUAGUGAUGGUCGAUUAAGAUCAAAUCAUGGUUCAUCAUCCAGUUAUAACUGUGAGGCCUAUUUUUAUAUAUGUUUAAAUCCGGAGAUAAAGAACUCUAGAUAGGAAAGACAAAUCUGCUUGUUUAUGAUCAUAAAUUCAUGCUGUUAUAUUUGCUGCUGACAUUUUUUCCUAAA